AGUUGAAUGGCUGAUACCCCACAUGAGCUCCAGGAGAAGCAGUAUAAUACUUUCUCUGAAUGACUGCCGGCCCUAGAGCGGCUAAAUGGGUCACGAUGCAUCACAAAGCUCGUUAUGAUGCCUAAUAUAAGAGCUUAAAACAUACUUAGCAAAACCACAGACAAGAUGUUCUUGGCAAUCCCUUAAACUUGGACUUUGUCAGGUAGAGUCUGGCUUCAGUAAUCUAUCCAUACGCUGUUUUUUAAUGGCUUGACCAGUUGGUAGUCUUUGGCUUGUCUCCAGAAAAUACAAGCUGAUCUCCAUGUGCAUUAUUCCCAAGUUGGUAUUUGAAGUCUCACACUUCCCUAAGUACUAGAAAAUUGUCCUGGUAAUAUUCAAAGAAUAAAGAAAUGCAAGUUGCAGAACUGGUACGAGAAAUGUACUAGUUGUUUAUGCAAGUUGUUGUCAGAUCUAUUGCUCCGGACACCCUUUGAUGUAAACAGAAAAUGCUUGAAUGGGAACUGAGAGGAACUUGCUAACCUGGAGAUUAUAUGCAGUUGUUCUGAAAAUGAAAUUACUCCUGACAUAUGUCCUAGGAUUAUUCUUUACAGGAGUUGGGUAUGGAGCUGAAGUUGGAGACUUUGAUCAUGUUCAAAGAAAUCUUCAAUCCGAUGCUACAGAUCAGCCUUACAGAACUGGAUACCACUUCCAACCUCGGAGAAACUGGAUGAACGAUCCAAAUGGACCAAUGUAUUAUAAUGGAGUCUACCAUCUGUUCUAUCAGUAUAAUCCAUAUGGUGCUGUGUGGGGUAACAUAGUGUGGGCUCAUUCAGUAUCUUACGAUCUCAUCAACUGGGUGAACCUGGAGGAUGCAAUUUAUCCGACAGGGCCUUUCGAUGUUAAUGGAUGCUGGUCUGGUUCGGUGACCCUUCUUCCUGGGGACAAACCUGCCAUUUUUUACGCAGGGAUCGACCUGAAGAACCGUCAGGUCCAAAAUAUUGCAUUGCCCAAAAACACAUCUGAUCCAUUGCUCCGCGAGUGGGUCAAAUCGCCUCAUAACCCGUUAAUCACUCCGCCAAAUGAAACUGAUCCUAAUUUCUUCAGAGACCCAACAACUGCCUGGCAAGGCGAGGACAUGGCGUGGCGCCUUCUAGUUGGAAGCCAGAUUAAAGGUCAAGGGACCGCGAUUCUUUACAAAAGCAUAGACUUUAUCAGAUGGAGGAUGAUCGGGAGCCUGUUUAAUUCAAUGGCCGAGACUGACAUGUGGGAAUGCCCGGAUUUUUAUCCAGUUAGUACUAGAAGCAGGAAUUCGCUCGAAACCUCGGACCAAGGGGAGUUGACAAAGCAUGUGCUCAAGGCAAGUUUCAACCAUCACGACUAUUACGUACUUGGGAACUACAAAACGAAAACAGACAGAUUCUCUGUUGAGAAUGACUUCACCCUUUCAAGUUCGGGGUUGCGGUAUGACUAUGGGAAAUACUAUGCUUCGAAGACGUUCUAUGACAGCGCAAAAAAGAGGCGCAUUCUGUGGGGCUGGAUAAACGAGUCUGAUAGCAAGGCAUUUGACAAUAAGAAGGGAUGGUCAGGACUUCAGUCGAUUCCUCGGAGUGUUCUUCUUACUGAAACGGGAAAGCAAUUAGUGCAAUGGCCUAUUAAAGAAAUGGAGAAACUCCGUGCUAAGGAGGUGACUACUCUGAGUAAGGAUCUCAAAGGGGGAUCGGUAGUCGAAGUUUCAGGCAUUACAGCUGCGCAGGCGGAUGUCAAAGUUUCGUUCAAGAUCACCGAUAUAGCCAAGGCUGAGACCAUAGAUCACAAUUCAGUCGAUCCGCAACUGCUCUGCUCUAGCAAAACGGCUUCUGUCAGGGGCAAACUCGGCCCCUUUGGUCUGUUGGCUCUAGCUUCUGAGGACCUGAAAGAACAAACGGCAAUCUACUUUCAUGUUCUGAAGAAGCAUGGAAAAUUCGUUGUCCUGAUGUGCAGCGACCAGAGCAGGUCGUCGUUAACGGGAGGCCUUGAUAAGACCAAUUAUGGAGGUUUCGUCGACAUGGACCCUCGUCACGAGAAAAUAUCUCUCAGAAGCUCGAUUGAUCACUCGAUCGUCGAGAGCUUCGGCGGCGAAGGGAAGACUUGCAUCACUGCCAGGGUCUAUCCGAGCUUGGCCGUCGGCAAUAGAGCUCGCCUAUAUGUGUUCAACAAUGGAACAGUUGGUGUCAAGAUCUCAAGGCUCAGUGCCUGGAGCAUGAGAAACGCCCAGAUUGCUCCAAUCAGCAAAAGAAGAAAGCCAAAAACCAAUUAACUGAAAAUCAGUGCUCCCCUCCACUGCAGCAUAAUUGAAAGGAGGACAAGAACCAAAGUAUAUGCUUUGCUUGCUUCUCAUGUGACCGUUUGAGAUCUCACUUCACUGCUCGUUGCAGACCCCACAUACACAUACUGUUCCAUUAGACGUUGAGAGCACAUUGAUUCCUUUUUUGUUUGAAUCUGUCUCUCCAAAACAAAGUGAUCUAAGCUGACAUAUGACACAGUGAUUUUGGCUGAUUGAAGCCAAGCUUUUUCAAGAUGUUGUGGAAUCUAGCCAGGGGAGGUGUUAACUGAUGCAUUAGAAUUUGAGAGCUCAGACAAAAUGGGCCUCAACCAAAUUCCCUUGGUCC